ACUUUUUCUUUCCUCAGAAAGCUCAUAGAAAAUUUUGGUUACCUUUCCAGACUCUGCUUCUCUAUUUAACUUUUUUUUAAUCAAACCAUAGCGCAGACAGAGAAAGAAACUCAGAAGCUUAUAAGGUUUGAUGUGAGUUUAGUCUAACUGCAUACAAUGAGUACUGCAACAACGGCAGCUACAACACAAACGAAAUUCAUAAAAUGUGUGACAGUUGGGGAUGGAGCUGUUGGAAAGACUUGUCUCCUUAUCUCUUACACUAGUAAUACCUUCCCGACUGAUUAUGUUCCUACUGUUUUUGAUAACUUCAGCGCCAAUGUUAUGGUUGAUGGGCAGACUGUCAAUUUGGGUCUUUGGGACACAGCUGGUCAGGAAGACUAUAACAGGUUGAGGCCUCUAAGUUAUAGAGGUGCUGAUGUGUUCCUUCUUGCAUUCUCCCUCAUAAGUAGGCCUAGCUAUGAGAAUGUAUCAAAAAAAUGGGUUCCAGAGCUGAGACAUUAUGCCCCAUCAGUGCCCAUUAUUCUUGUGGGGACAAAACUAGAUUUAAGAGAAGACAGGCAGUUCCACUUGGAUUAUCCAGGGGCGUGUACUAUUUCUACAGAACAGGGUCUUGAACUAAAGAAGCAAAUAGGAGCGCUGGCUUACAUAGAGUGCAGCUCUAAGACACAGCAGAAUGUGAAAGCUGUGUUUGAUGCUGCUAUCAAGGUGGUUCUCCAGCCUCCAAAGCAAAAGAAACAAAGGAAGAAACCAAGUAUAUGCCGUGUUCUGUAAACAAACUCCCUAAUGGACAAUAGUGUCAAGUUGACCAUGAUUAUUCUCCUCUUAUAAUUCUGUGCAUUCUUGAUCUUAUUUAUUACAUUUUUUUUUUUGGGUGUUGAUUUGAUUGAGUGCUACCUCUCCUUCUGAAGUAGGAAAUUUGCAAUAGAUUGAUCAGUGUAACUCCAUUUAUAUAUCAUCUUCAAGAACUCAAGGGUGUUUGGAUUCUGUAA